AUGGCAGGCACAACUCGCAAACCUCAUGCAAUCUUCGUCUCUUACCCACUCCAAGGCCACGUCAUCCCAUCCGUCCAUCUCGCAAUCACCCUCGCAUCACGCGGCUUCACCAUCACCUACAUCAACACUCAGUCCAUCCACCACAAUUCCUCCAAGGCCCAGCCCAAUGCUCGGCCCGAUAUCUUCUCUUCCGCCCGAGAAUCGGGCCUCGACAUCCGCUACACGACGGUCUCUGAUGGGCUUCCAGUUGGGUUCGACCGCUCGCUUAAUCACGACCAGUUCAUGGCAUCGCUGCUGCACGUGUUCUCCGCCCAUGCAGAGGAAGCUAUAGACAGCAUCGUAAGGUCUGGAGAAAAGGUUGAUUGCUUGAUUGCCGAUACUUUCUUCGUUUGGCCAUCAAAGCUAGCCAAGAAAUUUGGGUUGCUAUACCUCUCAUUUUGGACAGAACCUGCCUUGGUCUUCACUUUGUAUUUUCACCUUGACCUUCUAAGAAUAAAUUCUCACUUUGGCUGUCAAGAUUGUCGGGAGGACACCAUAGAUUACAUACCAGGAGUGCGAGCAAUCGAGCCCAAGGACAUGAUGUCAUAUCUCCAAGAGACGGACACAACAACAGUGUGUCACCAAAUAAUCUUCAAUGCCUUCAACGAUGUUAAAAAUGCUGAUUUUCUUCUGUUCAAUACAGUGCAAGAGCUUGAGCCCGAGACCAUAUCUGUUUUGAACUCCAAAAUCCCAACCUAUGCAGUUGGUCCAAUUUUCCCAGAUGGGUUCACCAAGAACACUCUGGUCACGAGCCUCUGGUCCGAGUCUGACUGCGCUCAUUGGCUCGACACAAAGCCUCCUGAUUCGGUCUUGUACAUAUCAUUUGGUAGUUACGCUCAUGUUACCAAAAAAGACCUUAUAGAGAUUGCUUAUGGACUCGCACGUAGUCAAGUGAAUUUUGUUUGGGUGCUUCGCGCCGAUAUAGUGAGUUCUGAUGAUGCUGAUCCACUGCCGUCGGAUUUUAAAGAGGAGGUUCGUGACCGCGGGAUGAUCAUACCUUGGUGUCGUCAGAUUGCAGUAUUAUCACACCCGGCCAUCGGAGGAUUCUUAACACAUUGUGGGUGGAAUUCCAUAUUAGAGAGUGUAUGGUGUGAAGUACCUUUGUUGUGUUUUCCUCUGUUAACUGAUCAGUUCACUAAUAGAAAAUUAGUGGUGGAUGAUUGGAAGGUUGGGAUUAAUUUGAGCCAUAAGAUAUUGAUCACUGAGGAGACAGUUUCAGAGAAUAUCACCCGUUUGAUGAGAGGAAAAUCAAAGGAGGAUUUCAAGGACAAAGUCAAGGGGGUGAAGAAAACAUUAGAAAAUGCAUGGUCUCCGAAUGGAUCAUCACAGAAAAAUAUGGAUAAAUUCCUCAAAGAUAUAAUGGCCAAGAUUCAGAAAAAACAAUAGAACAGUCAACAGAGUAUAUCAUAUGCACAACUGCUUCGGGAAAACAUUAUUUACAGCAAGUAAAUGUAACUAAACCUCUUGUUGUCAGGUAGUUCAAUCAAUGACCCCUAACUCACCAAUUGUACAUACAUCCAUAACCUGUAAACAGACUACAAAGUGUAUAAACAGGAAACUAUUUGUUGAUUCUACUUU